GUCUGAGAUGAGGAAUGUUCCGAAUGCUGGCGUGCAAGGGAAGUGAUCGGGGGAGGAUUCCUGUGGACUGCAAGGCUCAGCAUUCAGUUGUGCAGAUGCAGUGAUGGGAACUGGAGGAGUUGCACGGUGCCCUAUCUCCAAGCCGUCUUUCCACUGAAGCUUUCCCUGGCUCCCAAUCAUGCCCAGCCAACAAAAAAAGGUCAUCUUCUGCACUGCCGGCAUCCUGAGCUUCGCGUGCUCUUUUGGAGUCAUAACGGCCUUAGGAACCCAGCUGUGGGUCAAAGCCAAGAUCCUCUGCAAGACCGGAGCCCUGCUUGUCAAUGCUUCUGGGCAAGAGCUUGAGAAGUUCACUGGGGACCUCCAAUACGGGCUCUUCCACGGUGAAGGGGUGAGACAAUGCGGCUUAGGAGCGAGACCUUUCCGCUUCUCAUUUUUCCCAGAUUUGGUCAAAACCAUCCCAGUGAGCAUCCAUGUGAAUAUCAUUCUCUUCUCAACAAUUCUUAUUGUGUUGACAAUGGCGGGUGCAGCCUUUUUCAUGUACAAUGCUUUUGGCAAGCCCUAUGAAACUCUUCUCGGCCCCCUUGGAUUGUACCUCUGGAGCUUCAUUUCAUGUAAGGUUUUCCUAGGGGCAACUAGACACCAGAGAAGGGGCUCCUGUGGUUGUCUUGUUAUGAUACUGUUUGCCUCUGAAGUGAAGAUGCACCAUCUCUCAGAGAAAAUUGCAAAUUAUAAGGAAGGGACUUUCAUAUACAAAACUCACAGUGAAAAAUAUGCCACCUCCUUUUGGAUCAUUUUUAUGUGCUUCUCUGUGCACAUUCUGAAUGGGCUUUUAAUCCGGCUUGCUGGGUUUCAGUUCCCUUUUUCAAAAUCUAAAGAUUUUGAGACUACUAGUGCAGCAGCAGAUCUAAUGUACUAA